AUGUUAGCCAGACUGAAGGCACCCUCGGGCCCGAAGGCCUGGGUUGAUCUCAAUUAUCUCACUUUCCCGGCACAACUCGAAGUUGAAGCAAAGAUGGAAACCUCCAUCGUGACCAGCCUCUUCCUGGUGGGACUGGUCCUGGUCCUUUCCUUAUUGUAUCAGAUUGUCUAUAACCUUUUCCUAUCGCCUUUGAGGCAAAUUCCGGGUCCUUUGUUAGCCAGGGUCACCAGUUACUGGUUGAUAUUUGUCGACAUUACAGGCAACCGUACAUCUACUAUCCAUAGGCUUCACCAGAAAUAUGGGAAGGCGGUUCGAAUUGGUCCAUCGGAGGUCUCCCUUUCCAACAUAGAGUCAAUCAAGGAAAUCUACGGCCAGCAGACCAGUUUUAUGAAGGCCCCAAUCUACGAGACCAUGAGCCUACCGCCGUUGGGGAUUUUCAGCUUGACAGAUCGGCGGGCACACAGCCAAAGGCGGAAAUAUUUGAGCCAUGCCUUCUCGCAGUCCAAUCUUCUCGACACAGAGCCUUUGAUUGCACAGCACAUCCAGAAACUACAUGACAAGAUCAAGGCUGGCCUCAACAAACCACUUGAUAUGCUUGUACUAUUCAGACUACUUGCGUUUGACAUUGUCGGGGAUCUAUUCUUGGGUCAGUCUUUUGGAGGGCUUGACUCUCCAAAAGUCCCAGGCUUCCUACAUGACAUGGACCAGGCCUUUCUCCUGGGUGGCAUUGAAUCGAGCUUUCCCUGGGUUUUCGCAGCCCUCACCAGGAUCCCGAUCCCAAGUCUUCAGCACUUCCUUGCAUCUCGGAAACGGCUCAUACAGUACGGUAAGGCAUCACUAAACAAGUAUGUGGCUGAGUAUGGGAGAGACUCCGGCCGGAGAGAUCUUCUUACCAAGGUCCUUUCUGUCAAAGACGAUUCCGGAACGUCAGUUCUCUCCGAUCUGGAGACGUACACCGAGAUUGGAAAUCUUGUGUUUGCCGGGACAGUAGAUACGACUAGCACCACCUUGACAUAUUUGUUCUGGGAAUUGUGCCGCCACCCAGUCUGGCAAGAGCGGCUUCGCGCUGAACUUAAAAGCCAUGUGGCUGAUCCGUCUACGACUCCAUCAUGGAAUGCUGUCCAAGAACUACCGUUGCUUGAUGCAGUGGUCAACGAAGCUCUGCGCCUCCACCCAGCUGCGCCUGCCAGCCUUCCUCGAAGAACACCAUUGGGUGGAAAACUUCUAGGAGGAUAUUUUAUUCCCGAGGAUGUUGUUGUUUCUAUGCAAUGUUACACGACCCAGCGUGAAAGUGAUGUAUUCUACAAGCCAGACGAAUUCCUACCAGAGCGUUGGUUGGAAGCUGAUAAAAUAUCGGGCGAGAUGCGAGAGCUUUUUAUGCCGUUCUCAAAGGGCUCCCGGGCCUGCUUGGGCAAGAAUAUGGCUAUGAUGGAACUGAAGAUGACUACCGCCACGUUACUGAAAUCCUACAGUGUGAGGUCCGCUCCAACAACUACCGAUGACUCCAUGACCAUGCAAGACCACUUCCUAGUCUUGCCGAAAGGUGGAAGGUGUGAUCUGAUUUUCGAGGAAGUAGCCAAGUAA